UGUCUGUCUCAUUGUUCUAUCUGUGAUUUUGGUGUUGGCUCUGUAACUAUCAAACGUUAGUUACCUAACUGCCAUGAGCUUGCGUUCUUUCAAUGCCUAUGGUAUUUCUUUGUUCGAAUAUCCUCAUACAGUAAAUGCUACAUCUUAUAUCUCGAAAGUAUUAAAAUUGUUAUUAGAACCGUCAUUGAAAGAGACAACAUCCAACAGUAGUUAGCCUGCUAACGGUAGCUAGCUAGCUUCCUAGCCUUUUGCUGAGCUGGAUCGUAACACUGACCCACCUGAACAAAAGUACCUAAAUGUUAUGAACUCGUAACUGUACCUAGCUACACAUAGACAAUUUGCUAUGAUGUCUGAAGCCAUCGUAACCUUCCAGUCUCAGCUCUCCGGAGUCAUGGAGACGGUAUUCAAGGCUGCUAUGUACGAGAUCACAAGGCUGGUGGAGGAUAGCUUCCUGAAGGAGAUGUCCCGCAGCCGGGAGCAGCUCGAGUCGCUGAAGAAGCGGCUACAGUGGUCGGAGAACAGACGCAGGGACAGAGAGGGAGACCAGAGGGGGAAGUGUGCAGACUGUGGAAGAGCUGACGAGGAAGCCAAGGAGAGAAGCUCUGGAACCUCACAGACAGGUGUGGAGAGGGGGCAUGGCCUGAAGCAGGAGAAGGUAUCAGGGGAGGAGUGGAGCAGCUGUGGGGGCGUGGCCAGGGAAACAGCCUUAAAUGAUCUGGAGGAGACUGAGGCCACCAGCCCUAGGAAAAUCUCUGAGUCCACAGAGGUCGGAGGUCAGAAGCUGGACAGCCUGCUGAAAGAGGAGCCUCUCCACAACACUGAGCUACAGGAGAGAUGGGGCGUCUGCCUGGAUGGGGCCGAUGGUUCAGACGUCUCGGGGCCCAGUAAGAGUUUUAUUCAGCAGGAUCUACAGCGGUGCCAGGAUGACUGGGCUUCUGGUCUAGAGCAGCAUCCUGAACCACCGGGCCCAGAGGGAGACCCCAGCCAACCUCUCUACCGCCCCCGCUACAGCAUGGAGGAACUGGGGGUCGGCUUUGAGAAGUCUGGUUACGGCAGUAGUGGUAGUGGCGACCAUCUUCUAGACAUGGAAGGGCUGGAUAGGCUUCCUGGUUCUCCGUCUCGUCUGGGGGGGCUGAGCUACAGAGCUGCAAGUCACUACCAGGUGGACCUGGGGGUCUGA